GUUUAUCUAUAGCAAACGCGCAUUCUUCAUUCAAGACAAUCAAAAAAAUCAUAUAUUUUUUAUUGUUCUCAGUAAGGGUUUUGGCCAACAAACAUUUAUAAUCAAUAAGGCCUCAUCACUCUCCAUGGAGGAGCAAAAAUGCUCAAGAGGCAAUUCUGUAUGCUGAAAGCCCAGGGAAGACUCCCACUGGACCUACCUCUGAGACCAAUGAAGGCCUGGCUCCUGGCAGGGAAAAGAGUCUUCCUGGAGCGUGAGGCAGAGACAUGGAAGAGAUGGAGGAAGGUCUCUGUAGCUGAAUUGACUUGGGAUGCAAAGAGGGGCCUGGAAUUACAGGAAACAGAGACAGAGAUAGUUAUCCUGCUCAGUGGCCAGAGAGUUCAGGAUGAAUUAAGGAUACCAAAUGUCAUCGUGGACACUGCGCCCGACGGAGACAUCCAGCUUCUGAAAGAGGAGCGUUGGAAGUUGAACUUCUUGCACCUAAAGGAUGAGACAUGCCUGGCCACUGAGCUCUCUGAGCUUUAUGGACAUUCUGAGACCUCUUCAAAGGAAACUCUAAUUGAAGAGAAAAGACCAAAGACCAAGUGCCCGGCCAGUGUCGCAGGGGCUGCUGACAUUGACAACACCAACGAGGAGGCUUCAGUGGAGUCUCCGAAUAACAAUGUGGUGGAUGUCCAGGCUGAACCGCUGGCCCUGGUCGGUGUGGAGAAAGAGGCUGCUGGAGAUGGAAAGGUCCUCAGCAUGGUGGUGAAGCCCAAAGUGUGGCUGAAGGAGGGUUGUAAAGAUCAGCUAACCCGAAAAUUCUAUGAUAUGAUUGCGGAACUACCAAAGUCCUAUUUCGGAUCCACUGAGAGCCUUCCUGAGAUGUGUGGCAGAGGUCCUGAGGUGUGUAGCAGAGUGCCUGAGGUGUGCAGCAGAGGUCCUGAGGUGUGCAGAAGCGUGCCUGAGGUGAGAAGCGGAGGUCCUGAGGUGAGGUGCAGAGGUCCUGAGGUGAGCAGCAGAGGUCCUGAGGUGAGCAGCAGAGGUCCUGAGGUGUGCAGCAUAAGUUCACAGGUGUGCAGCACAGGUCCUGAGGUGUGCAGUGGAGUGCCUGAGGUGUCAAAUGCAGUGGGUGAGGUGUUAAGUGACACAAAGAAGACAGAGGCUACUGGAGCCCUUCUGAACACUGGAAAUGGCCUGAGAAAGGUGGUGCAGCUAUCCAAUGAGAGCCGUCCUGAGGUGUGCAGCAGUCCCGAGGUAUGCAGUGGAGUGCCUGACAUGUGCAGUGGAGUGCCUGAAGUGUUCAAUGGAGGUCCUGAGGUGUGCAGGGGAAGUCCUGAGGUGUUCAGUGAGGUGCCUGAGGCACCAAACGCAGUGGAAGAGGUGUCCAGUGACAAAAAGAAGACAGCGGCUGCUGAAAACCUUCUGGACACUGAAAAUGUCCUUAGCAAGGUUGUGAACCCCAAAGGGUGGCUGAAGGAGGGCUGGGAAGAUCAGCUGCACAGAGACUUCAAUAAUAUGAUUGCAAAACUCCCAAAGUCCUAUUUCGGAUCCACCGAGAGCCUUCCUGAGGUGUGCAGCAGAGGUCCUGAGGCCUCAAACGCAGUGGAAGAGGUGUGCAGUGACACAAAGAAGACAGAGUCUACUGGAAAUCAUCUGAAAAUGGGAAAUGGCCUAAGCAAGGUGGUGCAGCUAUGCACUGAGAGCCGUCCUGAGGUGUGCAGUGGAGUGCCUGAAGUGUUCAAUGGAGGUCCUGAGGUGUGCAGGGGAAGUCCUGAGGUGUUCAGUGAGGUGCCUGAGGCACCAAACGCAGUGGAAGAGGUGUCCAGUGACAAAAAGAAGACAGCCGCUGCUGAAAACCUUCUGGACACUGAAAAUGUCCUUAGCAAGGUGGUGAAACCCAAAGGGUGGCUGAAGGAGGGCUGGGAAGAUCAGCUGCACCGAGACUUCAAUAAUAUGAUUGCAAAACUCCCAAAGUCCUAUUUCGGAUCCACCGAGAGCCUUCCUGAGGUGUGCAGCAGAGGUCCUGAGGCCUCAAACGCAGUGGAAGAGGUGUGCAGUGACACAAAGAAGACAGAGUCUACUGGAAACCAUCUGAAAACGGGAAAUGGCCUAAGCAAGGUGGUGCAGCUAUCCACUGAGAGCCGUCCUGAGGUGUGCAGCAGUCCUGAGGUGUGCAUCAGAGUGCCUGAGGUGUUCAGUGGAGGUCCCGAGGUAUGCAGUGGAGUGCCUGACAUGUGCAGUGGAGUGCCUGAAGUGUUCAAUGGAGGCUGGGUGUGCAGGGGAAGUCCUGAGGUGUUCAGUGAGGUGCCUGAGGCACCAAACGCAGUGGAAGAGGUGUCCAGUGACAAAAAGAAGACAGCGGCUGCUGAAAACAUUCUGGACACUGAAAAUGUCCUUAGCAAGGUGGUGAACCCCAAAGGGUGGCUGAAGGAGGGCUGGGAAGAUCAGCUGCACCGAGACUUCACUAAUAUGAUUGCAAAACUCCCAAAGUCCUAUUUCGGAUCCACCGAGAGCCUUCCUGAGGUGUGCAGCAGAGGUCCUGAGGACUCAAACGCAUUGGAAGAGGUGUGCAGUGACACAAAGAAGACAGAGGCUACUGGAAACCUUCUGAAAACGGGAAAUGGCCUAAGCAAGGUGGUGCAGCUAUCCACUGAGAGCCGUCCUGAGGUGUGCAGCAGUCCUCAGGUGUGCAUUAGAGUGUCUGAGGUGUUCAGUGGAGGUCCCGAGGCCUCAAACACAGUGGAAGAAGUGUGCAGUGACAAAAAGAAGACAGCGGCUGCUGAAAACCUUCUGGACACUGAAAAUGUCUUUAGCAAGGUGGUGAACCCCAAAGGGUGGCUGAAGGAGGGCUGGGAAGAUCAGCUGCACCGAGACUUCAAUAAUAUGAUUGCAAAACUCCCAAAGUCCUAUUUCGGAUCCACCGAGAGCCUUCCUGAGGUGUGCAGCAGAGGUCCUGAGGCCUCAAACACAGUGGAAGAGGUGUGCAGUGACACAAAGAAGACAGAGUCUACUGGAAACCAUCUGAAAACGGGAAAUGGCCUAAGCAAGGUGGUGCAGCUAUCCACUGAGAGCCGUCCUGAAGUGUGCAGCAGUCCUGAGGUGUGCAUUAGAGUGCCUGAGGUGUUCAGUGGAGGUCCCGAGGCCUCAAACACAGUGGAAGAGGUUCGCAGUGACACAAAGAAGACAGAGGCUACUGUAAACCUUCUGAAAACGGGAAAUGGCCUAUGCAAGGUUGUGCAGCUAUCCACUGAGAACCGUCCUGAGGUGUGCAGCAGUCCUGAGGUGUGCAUCAGAGUGACUGAGGUGUUCAGUGGAGGUCCCGAGGUAUGCAGUGGAGUGCCUAACAUGUGCAGUGGAGUGCCUGAAGUGUUCAAUGGAGGUCCUGAGGUGUGCAGGGGAAGUCCUGAGGUGUUCAGUGAGGUGUCUGAGGCACCAAACGCAGUGGAAGAGGUGUCCAGUGACAAAAAGAAGACAGCGGCUGCUGAAAACAUUCUGGACACUGAAAAUGUCCUUAGCAAGGUGGUGAAGCCCAAAGGGUGGCUGAAGGAGGGCUGGGAAGAUCAGCUGCACCGAGACUUCAAUAAUAUGAUUGCAAAACUCCCAAAGUCCUAUUUCGGAUCCACCGAGAGCCUUCCUGAGGUGUGCAGCAGAGGUCCUGAGGCCUCAAACGCAGUGGAAGAGGUGUGCAGUGACACAAAGAAGACAGAGUCUACUGGAAACCAUCUGAAAACGGGAAAUGGCCUAAGCAAGGUGGUGCAGCUAUCCACUGAGAGCCGUCCUGAGGUGUGCAGCAGUCCUGAGGUGUGCAUUAGAGUGCUUGAGGUUUUCAGUGGAGGUCCCGAGGCCUCAAACACAGUGGAAGAGGUGUGCAGUGACACAAAGAAGACAGAGGCUACUGUAAACCUUCUGAAAACGGGAAAUGGCCUAUGCAAGGUUGUGCAGCUAUCCACUGAGAACCGUCCUGAGGUGUGCAGCAGUCCUGAGGUGUGCAUCGGAGUGCCUGAGGUGUUCAGUGGAGGUCCCGAGGUAUGCAGUGGAGUGCCUGACAUGUGCAGUGGAGUGCCUGAAGUGUUCAAUGGAGGUCCUGAGGUGUUCAGUGAGGUGCCUGAGGCACCAAACGCAGUGGAAGAGGUGUCCAGUGACAAAAAGAAGACAGCGGCUGCUGAAAACCUUCUGAACACUGGAAAUGGCCUCAGCAAGGUGAUGCAGCUAUCUACUGAGAGCUGUCCUGAGGUGAGCAGCGGAGUGACCGAGGCGUUGAACUCAGUGGCAAAGGUGUCCAGCGAAACAAAGAAGCGGAAAAAAAAUGGCGUUCUGCGAUUCUUCCGACGUGUGUGGAAGUUCUUCACAUGCACCAUCAGCCUCCCCAAAGAGGAGUGACUCAAGCACAAACACACACACACACAACUCUGGGCCACACUCUGCAUCUGAAUUUCUCCACCAUCUCCACCUUUCCUUUGAACUGCCUAUUUUUAAUAAUAAAA